AUGGACCAAGGCUCCUAUAGCAGACCAGACGGCCGUGGCCAGCCCUCUCUCUCCGGCUCUUCGGCUUCCAACAACAACUACCAGGUCAACGUCAGCCGCCAAAAGACGAAGAAAUGGGUCGAGGCCAAGUCGCAAAACUACGACGGAGAUGACUGGGGCGCUGACGAGUACGACGACGACGAGGUAGCGCCGCCUCUGCCUCUGUCGCCUCACGGCCCUCAGUACGGUGCUCCCCCAGGCGCUCCCCAUGUUCCGUCACUACAUAUCCAAACCAACCCACCGCCGCAGCCGCAGCCGGCUCAACAACACCAGCCCUAUCCGCCACCACAAUCGCGAGCCCCUCCUCCUGCCACCGCGCAGCCUCGCCAGGAGUCCAAUACCCCCCUGCCCGCUCAUCCGAGCUCUGCUGCACCGCCGUCUGCUGGUGGCUUUGCGCCGCAGAGUGCGUCCUCGACGUACCCGCUGUCGCCUCGCUCGCCGCCCGACAGUCUCCCCUCAAACACUCCGCAGGCUGCUACGGCGGGCAAGCCUCUGCCCUUUGUUCGGCCAUCGGACAUCUACCGACGCAUGGAAGACGAAAAGAGCCGCGGAUCGUCCGAAAGCUCGCGCCCGAGCGCCGACUAUGGAUCCAGCCUGUCUAAGCAGACAUCGGCAUCGCCAGCAAGAACAGCUGCUCAGCCUGUUAAGCCUCAGCCACCAACUGCGCCAAUUCCUGCGCCGCGCACCGAUAGCCACACCAGUAUCUACCAGGAUCUGACGAAGCCUACGCUGAGCCAAGCGCCACAGCAGCCACUUGUCACCUCGCCCCGAGCGGAACCGCGAGUGUCGGAAUUCGUGACGCCCAGUCGCGACGCUGCCCCUAACACGACCAGCGAGGAUGCCAAGCGUCUGUCCACCAGCCCCAAGCUCCCGGAUCUUGCUCGCAUGUCUGUCUUUGGCGCCGACUUCUUCUCCAGUGGUUUCUCCUCGACCUUGUCCUCGGAGCAAAUCGCUGAGCAAAACAUUCCCGAGGUCCCCAAGGUGGCACCAGAAUUAAAAGUGGAUAAGCCUACGACAUACGAGGAGAGCGCCUCACCUGCAGAGGCUUCGAAGGCUGCCACGGACAAGACUCAAGCCACUCCUGCUGCCCCGGCCGCCAUGGAGGAUGCUCCUAUCCAGCACGAAAUCAUGGCACCAACUGUAUAUCAGCCUCCGGCCGUCACAGCCACGAACACUGAGCCAGUGGUGCCACUUACGCCUGCGGAGUCCAAGCCAGCAGCUGACCCCGCCAAGCAAGUCGCAGCGAGAUCAUCCACCGAUACAGCAUCGAGCUCUCAUUCGGCUGCUUCUGCGACUGAAAUUACACCUACGAAACCUCUCAAUGUUCGCAAAGACGAAAGCCCGGUACGAGCGUUCGAACCACCGCCCCCUCUCCAGCGCGAACCGACAUUCGGCACAGACACGUCCUCGCCCGUAAAGGAGAGCGAUGCGCUUAGAGACGAGAUAAUCAAGACGCUCAACUCUCCAAGUCAGCCCAGCCGAGAGGGCAGCGAGACUGGACCGGCCGACAGCGGCAGAAAAGGGUCCCAAGGCCAUGCUAGAGACAGCACCUAUACCCUGCAAGACUACGAUAGCUACUGGGAAGACACGGACACGGCACCAAAGGUUCCUGCUCAGCCGGUGCAGCCUCAAACGAAAACAAUGAGCAUCGUGCCGGAAGAGGCCACACAAGCGGUUGCAGCGGCUACACCAGAAACGCCUAUUGCCAAAGCACCAGAGCCUUGGAAGCCUAUCGAAGAAGCCAAGCCAGCGGCACCUUUGCCAGCCGUGAAUUCAGCAGCCGCUACUGAAGCCACGCCUCGGGUGUCGACCAGCCAGUCUUCAGCGUCGCCUACUGUGUCACAGGUGUCCAAGUCUACUUCUGCUCAACAGCAUCCGGAAGUAUUGAUAGUCUCUCCUGUAAGCGCGGACCUUCGCCGCAGAUUUUCAUGGGAGGCCGAAGAUGCAUCCAAGCAGCCACCAACAGCUGCCAGUGCCGCGCCCGCCGGUGCCACCAUUUCACCAUCUACGCCCGCUGCCGUCGUGGCUUCAACACCUACGCCCGCCACCGCCACCGCCUCUCCAUCUGUGCCCGCUCCCAUCGCGGCUCCGGCUCUAGCUGUUGCUGCAGCGGCCGUGGCUCCUGCUGAACCCAAGGCACAGCCAGAAUUAACAUCUCGUGCGUCUGAAGCUCCUGAUCCUAAUGCAGCCAGUAUCCCAGCCGUCGCUGCCACCGACAGCAACUCACAGGAGUCUAAGCGUCUCUCCCUCGCGGACGAAAAAGGUCUCUCUGCAACGGCGUCGAAUGAGGGCUCUGCGCCCCAUGAUGAACAUCCCGCUCUGAGACUGUCCGACCCAGCACCAGCUCCCGUCUUGAGUAUGCCGAAAAGUUCGGGCGCGAGUGUCACGCAGUUCAAAGACAUUGUCGCAUUGAACAACUCUUCCGAAAGAGUUGCCAAGUUCAACGAGACAAGAGUCGCUUUUGCCGUCAUGGAUAUAGGGCUCGAUAAGUGGCUCAAAGGUCUUCACCAAGAUCACCCAGAACACCACUCCAAAAGCUUCAACUCGUAUCAGCCAUCUGCCGCUGUCCCUGCUGGAGCACCCGCCGGGGCUCAGGCACCGGCGCAGCAGCCUUACUACCAGCAGUACUUGAACGCCAGCACCCCUGGUAGCGGCUCAUCGCCAGGUCGCCGCAUCGGUGGCAUCACCAUGCCGUCCAACGCAAGCGGCAGCACAUUUGGCCAUUCUGGAAACCAAAUCGGAACCAAGAGCAAGGAGCUUAUGCAGUCGGCGGGUAAAAUGGGCAAAGGACUCUUCAGCAAGGGCAAGAAUAAACUGCGCGGGGACAAGGGCGACACACACCCACCGCCAGUGCAGGCCAAAACCAGGCACGACCGCUCCGGUUCCUGGGCCGUUCUCAGUAACAAACUACGUACUGAAUUCUCUCCCAGGGACCCAGGGCAUUCUCAGCAUCCUGAAGAAGAGUAUCCCGCUGCUCCGAGACCCAGCGUGACGAUCGCGCCUCAGAUCCCCGAACCAGAACCUGUUUCGCCGUUGCUGCGUGAGGCGUCUCCAGAUAAGUCUCUCCCGCCUGUCCAGACACAACCAGCGGCUCGUGACAACGCACUCGCGACCGCUAGCCUGCCCACCGCAGCACCGACAACUUCCCAUGUCCCUUCGUCUAGCCAAAUUCGCAUUGUCCCGACUGAGACUACGCAUGGUCCUUUCAGCGCAGGGGCUCCGGCCGUGCCGCCCACCGCUGCUGAAGACAGUGGAGUAGGCAUGCUCGCACAGCCUGAUGAAUCUGGGGAUUUCCCCAAGAGACAAUCUUCUUUUGUCGGGUUGCCGCCCAUUCGCAGAUCUUCGACUUUUGGCUUGAAAUCCAAGGCGCGUCGUGCUGCGGAGCGCUUUCCCAUAGACGAAGAGGAAGGCAAUGAUGUUCCUGACCUGCCUACAAGUGAUGUGAUGGAAAACGCUGUGAGGCAAGCAGAAGCCGCUCAACAACCGCAUCGCGAGCAGCCAGCCGUGACACCGGCAGGUCCAUCUUUCCCUGCUCUUGACAAGGAUAGCGUUAUUGUGCAGCACCAGCCAGUCUCCCCUGAGCACUCUCCAGAAAGACUCGCAAGGCAACCCGCAACGGUACAUCCACCACAGGCACAGCCCAUGCGCCAGCCGGCACAACCACCUAUGUUGAUGCAUCCUGGGCAAUCCGGUCCCUGGAAGCUCGAGGAGAGUCACUUGGCCGAGCCCCUGCACCAGGCAAAGAAUCGCUCCGGCCACAGUCCCAUCUCUCCGCCCAUGGGCUACGGCUUCGACAAGGAAACUGGAAACUCGGCAGCAAUGGCUCCGCCGCCAGUGCCGGCAGGCAUGCGACAACGUACCCCCGAUGUCCCGCCCUCGUCUGCCCAGCGCUGGCCCGGCCUCUUUGCGCCGCAGCCUGGUCAAGAGCCUCCGCAGCAACAAACGACUCAGCAGCCCUACUACGAGGAGGUAGUGAACCCGCGCCACAGCAUCAAUGAGUACUCGAUUCCGGGCGUCGGUCCGCCAACUGAGGAGAGAGGCCGCGCCAAGCGAAACUCGGGCAUCUUUAAAGAGAUUGGCGACAAGAUUGCGCGUGCCACCUCGCGCGACCGAAAGAAUUCGUUUACGGAGAACCGGCCCCCCGUUGAUAUGCAUACUGACGGAGCCUCUGAAUCGAGCUUUGGCACAGAAGAGAUGACGGACCGCAAAAAGCGCCGCUCUAGCUUCCUCAACACGCUGACUGGACGCACGUCUGUGGACCAGGGGCGGCCUCGACAGAGCUUCAACGCGCUUCAGCGCUCUCAGACCGAGACAUUUCCUGCGUCCUCCGUGGAAGACGUAGGCUCCACGCGGAAGCGAUCUAUGUUUGGUGGUGUGAUGGCUGGUUUUGGUGCCAACAAAGGAGGAUCAGCUAACGCACCUGCGUCAGGCUUUGUCAACCAACAGGUGACUGAUGACGAGCCACAGCUUACGCCAAAGAAGAAGCGCUUCUCUGCAUUUACCAAGGCUUUCCAGAGACCGAAUCAAGACCGCCCCUCGUCUGGCAUGUCGCUUGAGCCGACCCAGAGCGCCGGUAGCAGUCAGGGACAAAUCGGCCGCAGCGGAAUGUUUUCAAGCACUCCCUUCCGCAACAACGACCGCGGGGGUUUUGCUGGCCAGAUGGAUUCUGCUGCUCCCGAGCACAGCCGUCGUGCUUCGUUCUCCAACCUGCUCUCGACGUUGGCUGGCAAUAAGGGCCAGCAACACGAGCAGCAGUCUCCGCCGCCGCCCAAAGACGUGGGAGGCAUGCCUCCCAAAGAUCUGCCUCAAAAUAUCCCUGCCGCGCCUCCUCAGGCGCACCCUGCCGAUGGCUUUCCAGCACCGCACCGCGGCGGUGCUGCCGCCCCUAUUCUGCCCGACCAGUUCUUGGAUCGCUCCCAGCCGCUUUUUGCCGCCGGGGAAAGCAACUGGGGCAUGAACCGGCCUCCUACUUCUACAACUGUGACGAGCAGCGAGGCCAAGGCUGACGCGGGUGAAUCGAUCGCCAGCCGCGCCGCUAUUGCUCAUGAUGCUGGUCACCUGCCGCUUCCUGCCAUAGCAAGCGCCAAACGCGACGACCCUGUUGCGCCAUCCGAAAUCUCGGACUCGGAGACGGAUUAUGCCGAAAACAUUCGCAAGCCUUCUGAUGUGACGCCCUCGGUGACUUCUCGUGGCGACGAUGAGAUUGGCGACAUGACCCGUCAGGACACCAACAUCAGUCAGAUGACGCCGAGCAUUGUGACAGACGGUCCACGCCUCAAUUCACAGCAGCAGACUCCCACUGCUCAAUAUCCGAAUAGUCCUGGAGGAUACUUUACUCAGAACAACAGAAUGCUCGGCACGGGGCCCCUCUCCGCCGGAGCUCAGGGAUACUCGCAGGGACAAUCCUUCCAGCACCCCGGGGAUCCUCGUCGCUCGCUCACGGGACCUGGUCAUGGUCAGAGCAUGGGCCAGUCGUCUCCUGGCGCUCAAUACGGCCAGCGUACACAGCAGCUUGCUCAGUACGCUAAUCAGCAGCAGCAACAGCCGCAGCGGUACAUGCAGCCUAGUCUCAGCCAGCCCGUGUCGCAGGCUCAGGGGGCUGCUGCAUCGUCCAAGGGAUGGAAAGGCCUCAAGACUAAGAUGGCGGGCCAAAUGGCGAGCAUGAGCCAGCCGUCCCCGAACAGCAAGAGUGAAAGGGGAGACAAGCCGGCACCUGGUGACAAGCUCUUUAAUGCGUUCAAGAGAUUGUCGAAGCAGCAAGGGUCGGCUGAGGCGCAACAGCAAGGAGCUGCGCCGUCAGCUGCCCACGCAGGACAGGAUUCAACAGCUUCUCAUCUGCAUGCCAGGAAUCAAGGCCAACCUGCCGUGGGUCAACCACAGCAGAUGUCUCAUCAGUACAUGCAGCAUCAACAAAUGCCGCCUCAACAGAUGCACAUGUGUCAGGGGUUCCAUCCUGGGCAAGGUCCCCCUCAGCAGCAGGUGCCCGUGUAUAUGCAGCAGCACCAGCACCAGCAGCACCAGCAGCCGCAGACCGAGCCUCAAUACGGUGCAGUCCCGAUUCCUCAGGGCUAUACUGCUGUGUACGGCCACGGCAGCUCGCAAGUACCCAGCAUGUAUAAUGUUGGAUGCCAACACUCGCAGCAUCAAACGCCUUAUCAGCAGCAGCAAACCCAUCCCAACCACUACCAGACGUACUCUGCUGUCGAUGACAACCAGCAGCAGGGCAAUGGGGCUGCAGCGGCGCAGGUUCAGUCUCCUCCUCGGCCUCCACAGCCCGAGACUCAAACCGAAUCGCACCCUCAUGAGUAUCACUCCCAUCGGCCAUCUGCGACUGGGAGCGAGCUUCUUAGCCCUGCUUCCACUACACAGCGCAGCGGAAGCAUGGCUAUGAGCCCCGUCUCCGACGAGCCCCGUAGUCCUCACGCGGCACUUACCAGAGAGGCGCUGGCACAACAGGAUGCCCACAAGGACUUGCAGGUCCAUCACCUUCACCCCGACGAGGGCCGCACCAGCCUCGGUCCGUCGAACAGUAACCGCGUCAGCCAAGUCUCCAACGACAGCGGCAGACACGGACCCUCUCCGAAAUCUGAGCAUUCGCCUGCUGUUAGCCACAAGCAGCUGCAGGCUGUCGUGUCACCCGCUUCCCCAGACAACGAGCCACACGUUUCUACAGCCAAAGCAUCGCCCCCGGCAGGGUCUGGCUCUGAUGUCGCUAGCCCCAGAAACGGCGCUGCUGCUGUCCCUGACGAAGCCAUUAUUAUCCCCGCUACGUUGACUAGUGAUCUGACGGGCGAGAGCAAAGGCCACGUCUCGGACGACUCGCUGGAGAAGCAGGCCAAGCUGAGCAAGACGACCAAUACAAUCACGGCAGCGACGGAACACUUUGCGGAGCUGGAAGACACGGCGGAAGCGCGGAAGCGCACACUGCGCAUCGAUGGCCAGGAGGAAAAGAUUGCGUACGACCCGGAGGAGGAGAAUCCCAAGAUGACGGCGACAAGCUACCCGGGCCAGGAAUGGAAUCCGUAUGGAGAGCCUGGUUUUGGUGAGUGGCAGGAGUAG